AUGGCUGAUAACAUCCUGAAGGAAAAGAGGACAAAGUUUAUCAACUCAGUGGAUGGAGGUACAAUAAAUGGCUUGCUGGACGAAGUUUUAGAGAAGAGAGUGCUGAGCCAGGAAGAAAUGGACAGAAUAAAACUUGGCAAUGUCACCGUUAAGGACAAAGCACGGGACCUAUGUGAUUCUGUCACUAAAAUGGGGCCCCAGGCAUGCCAAAUCUUUAUCACAUACAUUUGUAAAGAAGCCCCCUAUGUGGCACAAAUGAUGGAGCUUAAAUCAGAAACAAAGCGAGACCAGAGCAAAGAAGAUGCAUUUCCAGGACCAAGAGGGGGCCUCAAGUUUUGCCCCACAGAAACAUUCCGAAAGAUUUGGAAAGAAAAUCCUUCAGAGAUUUAUCCAAUAAUGACUACAUCGUCCUCUCGUACACGCCUUGCCCUCAUCAUCUGCAACACAGACUUUGAACAUCUUCCUAGGAGGAAUGGAGCUGAUGUUGACCUCAAAAAAAUGACGUUGCUGCUGAAGAGUCUGGAUUAUACUGUGAAAGUGAAAGAAAACCUCACAGCUGAGGAGAUGACGACAGAAGUGAAGAAGUUUGCUGCCUGCCCAGAGCACAAGACUUCUGACAGUACCUUCCUCGUAUUCAUGUCUCAUGGAACCCUGGAGGGAAUAUGUGGGAAGACAUACUCACCUUUUGAUAAAGGUGCUAAAGGGUCUCCUGCUGAACCAGAUGUUUUAAAAGCUGACAAAAUCUUUCAAAUGAUGAACACUUUGGCGUGCCCAAACUUGAAAGACAAGCCCAAAGUUAUCAUCAUUCAGGCCUGCCGUGGAGAGAAUCAAGGGGUGGUGUUCGUAAAAGAUUCAGUAGGAAACUCUGAAGAGAAAUUCUUAAUGGAUGAAGAUUUUGAAGAUGAUGGCAUUAAGAAGGCCCACAUAGAGAAGGAUUUUAUUGCUUUCUUCUCUUCAACACCAGAGAAUAUCUCUCGGAGACAUCCUGACCAGGGCUCUCUGUUCAUUGUGGAACUCAUCAAACAUAUGGAAAAAUAUGCCUGGUCUUGUGACUUGGUGGACAUUUUCAGAAAGGUUCAAUUUGCAUUUGAUCAACCACAAGUCAUAAAACAGAUGCCUACCAUUGAAAGGAUGACCUUGACAAAACGUUUCUACCUCUUCCCAGGACAUUAA